AUGAAUGGCUCGAAAGGCUUGAGAGGCUCUCGUAGCCACACUGGAACUCCAGAUCGUGGGGGUAUUCGCAAACGAGGUACCACUGCUCGAAUCGAUCGGGAUGGCGACCUGGACAUGGAUGGUGCGGGAUCUGGAAGGGGUCGAGGAGGAAAACGUAUGCGUAGUGAUCCUGGACGAAUCGCGGUAGCUGGCAGUGUCGGUCAAGGGAGAGACACGAGAAGACAACUGGACAAAGAUAAAACUUUAGAUGCUCUGCAAAAGGCCAUCUUUAGCAACGCAUCUUCUCAGGCGAAUGUCAGGCAGGGCCGCCCUCGGACGCAAGAGAAAGGGUUGGUUCAAAUGACCGUGCGUGGAUGGAAGCAAAGCAGAGCGGCUUCCAAUCCGGAUGGCGGUAUUGAGAGCCUCAUUUCGUUCCUCGAGAAGAAAGCCCUUCCUCCACACCACGAUACCGCGUCCCACUCGAGAUUGAAAAUUUCCAAGUCGCGGGUCGAAGGUGACGCUUUUGUUAUAUCAGUUCGUCCGGAACAGGUGCCUUGGGUUUUACGAAUCAACGGCUUCAGUUUCGUAGGACAGCCACUCACGAUUGAAGAAUAUCGGGACUCCGAUUUUGGCCGUGCACAAACGCAAAUAAUCUCACAGACUACCCUCGAUACAAAAGCUAGAAUGACGGCUUUCCUGGGGAAGCGAUAUUCUGAGCCACAGAAACUCCUAGACCUCUCGCAUCUCGGUACUGAUCUGGAUCUUCUUGCAAUGGGCAUGUUCGACACCACGACUACUGAAUCGAAAUUUUUCCCCGCUCUCAUGAAAAUAUGCGAACUCACAUUUGGCUCUCUGGAUAAACGGAGAGACCUAGUCCAGAGUGUUACUCUGGCUCAAAACAAAUUACCCAAUGUUUCCUCCAUCACCACGCUGUCACAAACGUUCCCGGAGCUAAAGAACCUCGAUUUAUCGAACAAUCAGAUUAAGGAUAUCCAAAGUCUACUGGCUUGGAGGUGGAAAUUUAGAGAGCUUGAUUUCCUCGAUCUUACGGGAAAUCCAAUUAGUGCCGAACCAAACUUCAAAGAGACCAUGCUUAAAUGGUAUCCAAAGCUCAGAACGCUGAAUCAGAUUCAAGUUCGAACAGCGGAAGAAAUAGCUGCACAACGAAAAACUCCUAUUCCGAUUCAACCUGCUCGUUUCCAAGACGAAUCCCAAAUCGCUGAAAAUUUUAUAAAAGGUUUCUUCAGUGGAUUUGAUAACGAUCGAAAUGAUCUCGUGAGAGGUUUUUACGAUGCAAGAUCAACGUUUACGUUAAGCGUCAACCCAGGCGCUCCACGGGGAUUGCAAGGGAACGGCGUUGCAGGAUGGGAUUCUUACAUCAGAAAGAGCAGAAAUCUCAUGAAGGUCAAUCAUCUUCCUGCUCGAAUGGCUAGGACUUUUGUUGGUACUGAUAAAAUCCGCGACGUAUGGAACUCGUUACCGAAAACGAAGCAUCCCGAUAUUAUUUCAAAUCCACAAGAUUGGCUAAUAGAAUGCCAUCCCAUUCCUGGACUUCCCGAUCCCAUUGGUCAGAGCGUCACAGGUGUUGGCGGUCUGCUUAUCACCGUCCAUGGAAAAUUUGAGGAAUUCGACGGACCUACUCCGUCAAAUAAAGCCCAAAUGCGUAGUUUCGACCGAACUUUCAUCCUAGGACCAGGAGGUGGAGUUGGCGGUUUACGAGUUGUUAAUGACAUGCUCAUUUUGAGAGCCUUUGGAGGAUCCGAAGCAUUUGUACCAGAGAUUGAACAAUCCCUUGCGAACCCUAUCGUCCCGCCACCGACUCAGACACCCGUUCCGACGCCACAGCAAGUCCACCCUGAAGCGAAAGAUGGGUUCGGAUUACCAGCACCUGGUAAAACGGAAGAUCAGGUCCGGAAGGAACAAAUUGUUCUAGAAACCAGCUUCCGAACCAAGAUGACAUUGGCUUUUUCGGAGAUGGCUCUCUCCGGUAACAAUUGGGACAUGCAGGCAGCUUUGAAAAACUUUGAAGAAUUGAAGGUUCAAGGAAAGCUCCCUCCAGAUGCAUUCUUGCCUGGAGCAUAA